GGGGUUCACCCAGCGUUAGCUUGCUCCUCCGGUGGUGUUUUGGUCCAGUUGGCGCUGCUCCUCACUCGCCAAGAUGACAGCGAGGAAGUCUGGUUCACGACUGGAGAUAGAGAUAGAGCGAUGCCGCUCGGAGGCCCAGUGGGACAAGAUUCCAGAGUUGGUGCGACAGCUCUCGGCUAAGCUGAUAUCAAACGAUGACCUGGGCGAGCUGCUGUUGGGUGAAUGUAAGCUGCAGAUGUACCUGAAGGAGAAUCCCAUCAAGCAAGGUACAAGUCCCAGGGUCCAACGGCCAAAACUGCUGGAGGUCAGGAAGCAUCUCACUGCUGCUCUGGACAGAGGAAACCUGAAGCCGGAUUACAUCCAGGAAGCUAGCCUGUUAAUGGCCAAACUGUGCUAUGUGGAGGGAGAAUACAAAGAUGCUUUAGGGCACUACAGCAAGGUGAACCUGGACGACAUGCAGCUGGCUGGAGCUCCUGUGUACAGGCUGUCUAUGAUAGCAGAGUCUUAUGCGACUAAAGGUUUGUGCCUAGAGAAAGUCCCAGCUGCUUCACCGUCUCUAUCCAAUAAGAACGCCGGGUCUCCGGCGUCCAACAGGAGCAUGACCGAGCGGGAGCAGGAGAUCAUCACCUGCUACGAAAAGUCUGGAGACAUUGCUUUGCUCUAUCUGCAGGAGGCCGAGAAGGCGUUGUCAGCAGGGAUUCAGAACCGCAGUCCAAAGCCUGGCCCGACAGCUCAGGACCAGGAGCUGGGCUACUUCCUAGAGACGGGCCUUCAGAGAGCCCAUGUCAUCCACUUCAAGAAUGGCAACCUGACACAAGGUGUGGGCAGGUUUCGAGAGAUUCUUCGGGCUAUUGAGACCAGAACCACCCAGAACCUACGAAUGACCAUAGCCAGACAGCUUGCAGAGAUCUUGCUCAGAGGAAUGUGCGAACAGAGUUACUGGUCUCCUCUUGAAGACCCACCCGUUGUGUCGCCCCUGGACGAUCCGACACGCCAAGGACACACUCAUAGCAAGAGCUACAGCCUAAGCCGACGCCCACGAGUGUACUCGGGAGAGAAUCUGUUUUGCCCUCAAGAGAACACAGAAGAAGCAUUGCUGCUGCUGCUCAUCAGUGAAUCCAUGGCCAACCGUGAUGCCGUCCUAAGCAGAAUUCCUGAACACAACAACGAUCGGAUCAUCAGUCUGCAGUCGGCCUCGGUGGUGUAUGACCUGCUGACCAUAGCUUUGGGCAGGAGAGGGCAGUAUGAGAUGUUGUCAGAGUGUUUGGAGAGAGCCAUGAAGUUCGCCUUUGAGGAGUUCCACUUGUGGUAUCAGCUCGCCUUGUCGCUGAUGGCAGCAGGCAAAUCAGCUCGUGCCGUUAAGGUUCUCAAGGAGUGUAUCCGCCUGAAGCCCGAUGACCCCACCAUCCCGCUGCUGGCCGUAAAGCUGUGCAUCGGACCUCUCCACUGGCUGGAUGAAGGAGAGUGCUUUGCAAAGAUGGUGAUUGACAUGGGAGAGAAAGCAGCUGAAUUCAGAGCCAAAGGCUACUUGGCUAUAGGUUUGGUUUACAGCCUCAAAGCCACUGAUGCGUCAUUGCGGAGCACACAGGAGGAAUACCAGAGGAAAGCUUUGGGAGCCUUCCAGAGAGCUCAGAGUCUGUCUCCAACUGACCAUUUGGCAGCCUUCUACUUGGCGCUGCAGCUUGCCGUGUCCAGACAGAUCCCCGAGGCGCUAGGCUAUGUUCGACAGGCGCUGCAGCUUCAAGGAGAUGACGUCCACUCCCUUCACCUGCUGGCCCUGCUUCUCUCUGCCCAGAAACACUACCACGAUGCUCUCAAUAUCAUAGAGAUGGCUCUCUCCGAGUACCCUGAAAACUUCAAUCUGUUGUAUACCAAGGUGAAGCUGGAGGCUAUGUGUAGAGGACCCGAAGAAGCUCUGCUCACCUGUAAACACAUGCUGCAGAUCUGGAAGAGCUUUUACAACCUUACCAACCCAAGUCUGUGGAGUGACUUCUUUGUGAAGAACUUGGGAAUUUUCUGCAAAUAUCCAAAGGAUGUGGCAUUUACACCCGCUCCCGAGUGCCGCUCCCAGUGCCAACAUGAUUCGGGGCGUGGCAGCAGUCUGUUGGAUAGAGCCAUAGCAGACAGGCGACAGCUCAACGCUAUGACCUUGCCUGACUUCAGUGACCCUGAGACUGGUUCGGUGCACGCUACCUCCAUAGCAGCCAGUCGUGUGGAGCAGGCUCUAUCCGAAGUCGCCUCCUCUUUGCAGAGCAGUGCCCCCAAACAUGGACCCCUGCACCCCUGGAUGACCCUGGCUCAGAUCUGGCUCCAUGCAGCUGAGGUGUACAUCGGCAUGUCAAAACCUGCUGAGGCCACGGCUUGCACGCAGGAAGCCGCCAACCUCUUCCCCACGUCCCACAACGUCCUCUACAUGAGGGGGCAGAUAGCCGAGCUGAGGGGCAACAUGGACGAAGCCAAGCGCUGGUACGAGGAGGCCCUGUCCAUCAACCCGACUCAUGUCAAGACCAUGCAGAGACUGGGUCUGAUCCUGCACCAGCUGCAGCGUUACAGUCUGUCGGAAAAGGUGCUGAGAGACGCCGUGCAGGUGAACAGCACGGCUCACGAUGUGUGGAACAGUCUUGGCGAGGUGUUGCAGGCUCAGGGAAACACCGCCGCCGCCACUGAGUGUUUUCUCACCGCCUUGGAGCUGGAAGCCAGCAGCCCCAUCCUGCCCUUCACCAUCAUUCCCAGAGCGCUAUGAGAAAAACACAACACAGAGCAUGCCUGCAUGCCACUUCACAAACACACACACACGCACAGACCUGUGAAAAGGUGUACUGCCAAACCCUCACACACACAUAAACUCAGAGUGUAUAUAGAAAUGCAAAGAGUACAAAUAAACAGGCUUCCCUUUGUCUACCCGUGCUUCCCACAAUGCCUUUCUUGUGGCCACGUCUACGUGAGUGUGCGUGUCUCCUUCCCGCGCUGCGUGUUGUCUCCUUCGUCAGAUUCCGUUCAAAUCAUUAGUCUCAGAAGCCUGAAAGUUGUGUUUACAUGUUGUUUAGUCCAAAUACACACACAUACACUCUGAGCAGUUUUAACAUAAAUGGAUUAGAUUUCCUUUAAAAGCCAAAUAUGCAUUUACUUGGUACUGUUCACAUCGAUGCAGCAGAAAACACUCUUUCAAAAGUGAAUGCAAGCGCCAAAACCUGUCCGUCCCACUCCCUUCCUGUUUUUUUGUUGUUGUUUUUUUCUUAUGAUGAUUUACGGAGUUCAGCAAGGUGAGAGAGCACCAUACAAUUUAGAGCCACCAGUGGACCCUGUUUUCAGUGGGUUCAUGUCUUCAUUUUUAAUCCCUCUCCCUGCCCUGCAUCUUUUCUGCUUUCUGAUAAUUCAUCAGAUAAAACUCUGUGUAGUCUCUGUGUUCUGCCCUCACCUGGUUUAGUCAGUGAUAAAUAUUGCUGUAUGUAUAUGCUUGUGUUUUUUUUUUUUUGUGUUUUUUUUAACACUACAAAAACUCAAUCCCAUUUUAUAUGCACGCACAAACACUAUAGAUCAGCAGCAGAUCGAGCUGGGGGUCAAACCACUGAGUAUUGCCUUCACUGUACUGUAGCCCUGCACCCGUGUUAGCAUUGUUAAGAUUUGAAGACAGGAACCCACUGUAGUAAAUUCAGACUUCUGAGUGGUCAAUGGUGUUUGACUCGACACUAAGAUCAUUUUCCAAAAGUAUCUGUUACACUUUUUGGUGCUUGUAUCCACUCAGGAAAGAUGCUCGUGUAAUGUUAUCUGCAUCUGCAUGGAGGGGGAUCGUUGUUACUGUAUACCUGGCUCAGGAUCAGCCAGGUCUUUAAGGUAUCCAGCGGAGCAUCGACGGACUUUCACUGAGAAAUAAAUCGGUGUAAAUGCCAAACCUCGGGUUGCAUUCGCCCUCACGGGAAAUCUGAUUUCCUGCAGCUGAUUUUAAAGUGGUUUUGUGAAGUUUUUAAGUGAAAAAAAUCAAAGUGUCACCUGGAGCAACUCAAACGGCAGCAACGUAUAAUCUGCGGGAAACUGUUGGAAUCUGUGCCACAUCUUUCCUCCAGAAAUCAGAUUUCCUUGUUGAGCGCAAAUGCACCCGCAGUGAUUGUGUUGUCUUUGUGUCCCAUCACCAGAUUAAUAUUUUUAUUUCGUUUUUGAUUAUAAAUACAAAGAAUUAUUGCUGUAUAUGUCAUUGUUCCACUAGUGUAUUAUUAUUUUAGAGAGUAAAUUAUAACUAUUUUCUGGAGAAUGAUGUUGCUGAGAGAGAGCGAGGUAUGAAAGGACAUCCUCCUGAGCUCAGGCAGUGAGUUCUUUGUGCUGUAAAUGAAUGAUUAUGAAGACCAAGAUAAUAAAAGUGGAUAAAAAGAAGA